AGAAGACGGCGUUCCGAACGGUCGCUUUUCUCAUGUUUUCCGCUUCAAAGGAUUUAUCUGCCCCUGGCCGAGGUGCUGCUCAGGCUUCAGCCAGCAGCAAUGACUACCGUGUUGUGUUACCCCGUCUUGCUACCGGUAAGCUGGUUGUGGACUCCGUUUUCCUGCAUGCUGACUUAAGUGGUCGACCGUACCGAGCCCAAGACUUCAGAGACGCCCUUCGGAACGUUAUUGACCUGAAGGAAAUAAGUUCCAUCGGACAAUUUCAGAUGUCGCACGUGUGGAUGGUGACGUGCAAAUCAGGGAUGACAAAAUCAAAGCUAGUCGCAUGCGGGGAAUUAUCCGUAAAAGGUAGACGCUGCGUCGUCAUUGAUCCUGAGCCCACUGAAGUUAAAAUGAAGCUUUUGUGGCUUCCUGAGCGUUUGGAAGACGACUACAUUCGAGAUGCGCUCCAGGCUUACGGGAAAGUCAAGUCUAUAUCAGCAGAAAGCUGGAGAGUAUCGGAGAUGGAACAAAUGCGUACGCUAAAUCGGGACGUGGUGUUGACUCUUGCCGAUGGAGUGAGCGUGGGGGACGCUCCACAUCUACUACCUGUUUGUGGAGUGCAGAGUCUCGUAUUAAUUCCAGGCCGGCCCCCACUUUGUCUGCGCUGUAACAAGGUGGGGCACAUUCGUCGAAACUGCAGAACCCCACGUUGUGAAACCUGCCGGCGCUUUGGUCACACAGCUGAAGAAUGUGUCGUAACAUACGCCGAUAAGUUACGACACAGAACAAAGCCACCGGAUGAAAGCUUGCAAGAACACAUAAUGGACAUUACGGAGGUUCUUGACGCGACGGGAGACGUUCCCUCUUCCGCGGAGACCCGCUGUGCCACUAAGGCCCCUCUGGCUGUUAAAGACAGUCACAAUGCCAUCGCAGAACUGCCCGUGAAUAAAGAAAGUAGUGAAGAGAAAGAUGACCAACCGAAGCAACAACCCAAAGGAGCACCCGCUACCACGGAGCCAGCUGCUGCCCAGCAAGCGAAUGAGGGAGCCGGAGAUGACUCAUCUGAUGCACCCAAGCAACUCGACACGUGCACUGAGCCGGCAGAGGACAGCCGAAGUAACGCGGAUACUUCAGUUCCGAAGCGCCGUGCGACCAACAGAUCGGAAUCAAGCACAGACAGCGAGACGACCAGUACCACAAGAAAAGCACGUCGCCGCAAAACAUCGAAACACUCAGGAAAGUGCCGACGAUCACGGUCCAGAAGGCCAGGUGGGGUUUCGGAGGGCGCCUCACCGUUGCCCUCUAGGACCGAUCACAUAGAUCAUUAGGUCCAAAUACUUGGUAGUCACCAUGGCCCUGUCCCAGCAACUUCAAUUCGCAACCUUGAACGUACGAGGCCUUAGGUCUUUGCAGAAACAGGCGCAGCUUCGCCGGCUUUUGUCUAGGAAGCGCCUCGACUUCGUCGCCGUGCAGGAGACGAAGAUUGAGAGUGACGACGAGACAGAAAGGGCUUUGCGACCUUUUCUGUCUGAGUAUAAUGUUUGCGUUUCACACGCUCUUGGUUUAUCCGCGGGCUGUUUCCUGUUUCUGAAAAAGAGCCUACUUUAUUCAGCUUUUAGUUAUCAUGUCGACACUGAAGGUCGAUAUAUAUGUUGUGAUUUUGUGUUGCAGGGUGUGCCAUGGCGCAUAGUCAACGUCUAUGCAUUUAAUGACGCUGCAAAACGAGCUCUUUUAUUUGAUACUGUGUCUAGUCUAUUGGACUGUGAUCGCUGCAUUGUUUUAAUGGGAGAUUUCAAUUGUGUAUGCGAUCCGAACGAUCGAAGCGGCCAUAACACUCAGCGGGACAGGAGUGGUGAAGUUUUGUCUAACAUAAUAGAAAAUGCAGGGCUCGUUGAUAUAGGAGUGUCGGGACAGGGAGCUCGCUCUUAUACAAGAAUUCAAGGUCAUUCCUACGCCCGCCUUGAUCGGAUUUAUGUUUCUUUAUCACUCCUCUCUCGAGGACUUUCCUGCAUUACUAUCCCCGUUUCAUUCUCUGAUCAUUGUAUGGUUAUUGCAAACAUUGGUGAAAAAUUUGUAACUAAUUUCCGACCACAGUGGGCACUCUGGAAGCUUAACUCUGAGCUCCUAAAUGAUCAGGAAUUUAUUAAUCGCGUGCGCAUGGCUCUAACCAAUUCUCUGUCUAGUGACUUGCCAUUAUUUGCUGCUUGGGAACUCUUUAAACAAGAGGUUCGUACAGUGGCUAUAGAAAUUGGAUCGGUGAAAUCAUUCUAUAGAAAGAAUGAAGAAAAAACGCUUCUUAAGAGCCUAUGUAGCCUUUAUGAGAUUGAAUGCGAAAUGCCAGGCACUUACAUUGUUGACAUAGAAAACAUUAAAUGUGAGUUACAAAAGUAUGACGCACUGCGUUACAGAGGUGCGCGAAUUCGAUCUCGAAACAUGCGCGCUCUGCAAUCUGAGCAACCAACACGUCAAGCUUUACUUGACGAGCGACGUCACGGUAUUUCCAAAGUAAUUCCGGAAAUAUACU